CUCUCCUCUGGCGAACAUCUGCGUGCAGAUGUUUCCGUGUUGUUUGUCUGCAACAAUAAUUCAAAAUGUUGCAUCAUUUUCCAUUUUGACAACUUGGCGCGAAAAUCUCCACGCAAAGUUUACGCAGUAGCUCGUCACUCAGGGUUCAAGUUUUAAUGUAAUCUCGUUGGACUAUAUUCUUUACGAUCCUGUGACACGAAGUGUGUGAGAGAUGGCAGAUGAGCUCGCCAGGGUGAGGAGAAGGUUUGUGGACAAAGUGUCCAGAGCACUGAUUAAGCAGCUCCUGGACGACCUUUUAGAUGAUGGCAUCUUGAAUGAUGGCGAGAAAGACGCAAUAGACGAGGAGAACAGCGCCACGGCAGACAAGGCACGCUGUCUCAUUGACACAGUGAAGAAGAAAGGAGACGAAGCCAGCAGGAAGCUGAUGGCUCACCUGAAAAGCAGAGAUGCGACACUGUACUCUGAGCUGGGCCUGUCCUCGGAUAAACCUGUUUAGCCGCAGUGUCUCAAGAGGAGCAGAACUGGUCAUCCACACUAAUCCCUACUGCUGAUGCACCGUGCACAGAGGAAAUGAGGAAUGGAGAUACUCGUCAUUCAUUAUCAUGCAAUUUAUAAAACCAAUGUUUCUGUAUAAUAUAAAAAAAGUACAGUUUUACUGCAGAAGAUUUCUAUUAAGCGGACUCUUCUCAAUGCACGACAUGCAGUCAUGAACUUAUAAUCACUUGAUGUCUUAAUAUCUAUGGUAAUGUUAAUGCCCUUUAUAUACUUAUUUUUAGUAAAUAUGAUAUGAUAAAAUGA